AUGCUCGUCUAUGUAGAUGACAUCAUUAUCACCGGAAACAGCACCUCUCAUAUAUCUCGGUUUAUCACUUCCCUUUCUACUCGCUUUUCUCUUAAGGAUUUGGGUGAUCUUUCAUUUUUCUUGGGGAUUGAAGUUACUAGAACUAAAUCUGGAGUUCAUUCAACAAGGUCUCGUUAUAUUGCAGACUUACUGCGCAAGGCGAACAUGACAAAUGCAAAACCGGUGCCCACUCCUAUGGAAUCCAACUCAUCUCUGACUCUCCUUUCGGGUACACACCUAGAUGAUGCCACCAAGUAUCGCACAAUUGUGGGGAGUCUACAAUAUCGAUCACUCACCAGACCAGACAUCUCUUUCUCGGUUAACAAAUUGUCUCAGUUUAUGCACAAACCAACAACGGAGCACUGGUCAGCUGUUAAACGAGUAUUGCGCUACCUCUCCGGAACAUCAUCUCAAGGCAUAUACCUCAGCGCCAAUAACAUACCAAGUCUACAUGCCUUCACUGAUGCAGACUGGGCCGGAAACAAAGAUGACUAUACCUCUACAAGUGGUUAUAUGUUUAUCUUGGGAGCCAUCCAAUAG